GUCGUGGGGCUCCUGGGCAACGUCCUCGUCAUGUACACCAAGAUGAAAACUGCUACCAACAUCUACAUCUUCAACCUGGCCCUGGCAGACGCGCUGGCCACCAGCACGCUGCCCUUCCAGAGUGCCAAGUACCUGAUGGAAACUUGGCCCUUCGGGGAGCUGCUCUGCAAAAUUGUGCUCUCCAUCGACUACUACAACAUGUUCACCAGCAUCUUCACCCUCACCAUGAUGAGCGUGGACCGCUACAUCGCCGUAUGCCACCCGGUCAAGGCCCUGGAUUUCCGCACGCCUGCCAAGGCCAAGAUCAUCAAUGUGUGCAUCUGGGUGCUCUCCUCCAUCAUCGGGGUGCCCAUCAUGGUCAUGGCUGUCACAAAGUCAAAAGAUGGCAUGGUGCUAUGCACGCUCCAGUUUCCUGAUCCUCCCAUCUACUGGGAUACCGUGACCAAGAUCUGUGUCUUCAUUUUUGCCUUCAUGGUCCCCAUCUUGGUCAUCACCAUCUGCUACGGGCUCAUGAUCCUUCGCUUGAAGAGCGUCCGCCUCCUCUCAGGCUCCAAGGAGAAAGACCGCAACCUGCGACGCAUCACACGCAUGGUGCUGGUGGUUGUGGCGGCCUUCAUCAUCUGCUGGACACCAAUCCACAUCUUCGUCAUUGUCUGGACCUUGGUGGACAUAGACAAGAAGAACCCCUACGUGGUGGCCAGCUUGCAUUUCUGCAUUGCUUUGGGAUACACCAACAGCAGCCUCAACCCCGUCCUUUACGCUUUCCUGGAUGAAAAUUUCAAGAGGUGUUUCCGAGAGUUUUGCCUGCCUUUCCGGGCUCGGAUGGAACAGAACAGCUUCUCCCGAGCCAGAAACACUACGCGGGAGCAGGUCUCCACCUGCACCCCGUCCGAAGCCCUCAACAAGCCGGCAUGACUAGGCGUGGAAAGCCACCAGCGGGGCUGCCGGGGCCGGAGAGGGGAUGACCUGCACUCCGAAGUGACUCAGGUCACCACCACAGAGCUCUAGCA